AACCUUGCUCCGACAUUUAUGAACCCACAGUCAUAUAGUGUGCUCCCAACAGUCGGUUCAUUCGGUGUUCAGAACGGAUUGAUCCCAAGCUCUGCCGGUGGAAAGUGAAUUUGAGUUUCUUCUGGAAAAGGAUUCACUGAAGGUUUUCCUUGUGUCUUCCUCAAUCAACCUGUGUUCAGAAAAGGGGUUGUUUAGACACUAACAUCUGUGGCUGCAUUGUGCUGAAAAGAUACAUUUGAAUCAAGUGAAAAUUGCAGAGAAAAAUCCGUCAAAAUGGCAUCGUCUGCUGUCACGACCAAAACGUCGAAAUAUACGUAUAAAUCCUCCGGUGGUGGUUCCGCUGAUGUCAGCAUUGAGUACAGUGCUGACCUGAGCGCUUUAUCCAGGCUGGAGGACAAGAUCCGUCUGCUGCAGGAAGAUCUGGAGUCGGAGCGUGGUCUCCGCCAAAGGAUCGAGCGCGAAAGGGCUGACCUCAGUGUACAAGUCAUCCAGAUGUCAGAGCGCCUCGAAGAGGCCGAGGGUGGAGCUGAAGGUCAGUUGGAAAUCAAUCGCAAACGGGACGCCGAACUGAACAAACUGCGCAAGCUGCUCGAAGAUGUGCACCUGGAAUCGGAGGAAACUGCUCACAUUCUAAAAAAGAAACACCAGGAAAUCGUAAAUGAUUUCAACGAGCAAAUCGAAUCAGUGACCAAGGCGAAACAAAGAAUUGAGAAGGAGAAAUCCAAACUCCAAACCGAAAUCUACGAACUGUUGUCUCAGAUUGAAAGCGUUUCCAAAGAUAGGUCCGUCAGUAUUAAAACGAUCGAAAAGCUAGAAGUGCAAGUGACAGAACUGAACAUUCGCAUCGAGGAGCUGAAUCACACUAUUGUUGACAUCACCUCCCACAAAACCCGUCUGUCCCAGGAGAAUAUUGAUCUGGUGAAAACUGUUCAGGAUCUGAAGAUCAACAUCGAAAGCAUCAGCUUUUCGAAAACCCAGCUCAACUCUCAACUCGAGGAGGCCAGACGUCGCCUGGAAGAGGAUGAUCGCCGCCGUUCAAUGCUGGAGUCAACACUGCAUCAGAUUGAAACCGAGCUUGAAUCCGUUCGGCUACAGCUGGAAGAGGAGUCCGAGGCUCGUAUGGAUUUGGAACGACAACUGGUGAAGGCAAAUGGGGAAGCAGGUACCUACAAAUCGAAGUACGAAGCCGAAGUUAUGGCUCGUAACGAAGAAAUCGAAGAAAUCCGCCGGAAGUACACCAUUCGCAUUCAGGAAUCGGAAGAGCACAUUGAAUCUCUCCAGCUCAGGCUGAAUAAACUGGAGAAGGAAAAGAGUCGCCUGUCCAGCGAAAUCGAAAUCCUUAUCAUCGAUCUUGAGAAGGCCAAUAAUGGCAUUCGAGAAUAUAGCAAACGUAUCGAAAUUCUCGAGAAAACCAAUAUCGAAAUUAAAACCCGCCUGGAAGAAACCAUUACCCUGUACGACCAAUCUCAGCGCGAUUUGAGACAGAGGACCCAAGACUACCAGCGAUUGAGCCACGAGCUAGACGCUACCCGUGAACAGAAAGAUCAGCUGACUCGGGACAACAACAAACUGCAGAAGGAUUUGCACGAAACCCGCAGCUCCGUCACCGAACUGACACGCCGUCUUCAUGACUAUGAAGUCGAGCUCCGUCGUCUGGAGAAUGAACGCGAGGAGCUCACUGCCGCCUACAAGGAAGCAGAAGCUGGCCGUAAAGCGGAAGAGAAACGUGCGCAGGCUUUAGCUGGUGAGUAUGGCCAGUUCCGUCACGACACCGAACGUCGUUUGCUAGAGAAGGAUGAAGAAAUCGAGGUCAUCCGCAAGCAAACCAGCAUUGAAAUCGAACAGCUGAAUGCUCGUGUCGUCGAGGCCGAAACGAAGCUGAAGAGCGAGGUGAUGCGCAUCAAGAAGAAGCUGCAGAUCCAGAUCACCGAGCUGGAGAUGUCAUUGGAUGUUGCCAACCACACCAACAUUGAGCUACAGAAAACGAUCAAGAGACAGUCGGCUCAGUUGACCGAAAUUACGGCCCACUACGAAGAGAUCCAACGUCAGUUGCAGUCUACUGUUGAUCAAUACGGUAUCGCUCAGCGCCGCAUCCAAUCGUUGUCCGGGGAGCUGGAGGAGAUUCGCAUCAACUACGAUGCUUCCCUUCGCUCGAAACGCCAGGUUGAGGUUCAGCUGGAAGAAUCUAUGUCGCGCAUCAACGAACUCGCCGUCAGCAAUGCUAACUAUUCUUCACUCAGAGCUAAGCUUGAACAGGAACUACAAACUCUCGCUAGCGACUACGAGGAAGUUUCCCGUGAGCUGCGUGUCAGUGAUGAGCGCUACCAGAAGGUUCAGGUUGAGCUUAAGCAUACCGUUGAACUACUCCACGAAGAACAGGAAAGAAUUGUCAAGAUUGAAACUAUCAAGAAGUCCUUGGAAGUCGAAGUUAAGCAACUUUCAAUUCGUCUUGAAGAGGUUGAGGUUAAUGCAGUCGCCGGAAGCCGUCGCAUCAUCAGCAAACUGGAGGCCCGUCUACGAGACAUCGAAUCAGAGCUUGAAGGCGAAAGAAUGAAACACUCCGAAACCAUCAAGAUUCUGCGCAAAAAGGAACGCUCUGUCAAGGAAGUGUAUAUUCAGAUCGAAGAAGAUCAGAAAAAUAUCCAGAUAUUGCAAGAUGCCCUGGAGAAGGCCAACCAGAAGAUUGCUGCCUAUAAACGUCAACUGGUAGAACAGGAACAAACAUCGCAGCAGUCCGUCACCAAGGUGCGUCGUUUCCAACGCGAACUGGAAGCUGCCGAAGAUCGCGCCGAUGUAGCUGAGAGCAACCUGAAUCUGGUCCGUGCCAAACACCGCACAUUCGUCACCACCUCGACUGUGCCCGGAUCGCAGGUGUAUCUUGUUCAAGAAACCACCAGGACCAUCAACGAGACGACAUCGUCCUAAAUUUGUGGAGGAAGAAGUGCCGUAAGGCAUCUAUGUCAUGUGAUCCAAUAACAUCCGGAAGAUGUGGGCAAUGCGAACAGAAUGAUCUUUCAUUUUCGUUAUAAUUUCCGUUUGUCUUUAGUUAAAUCCUCUGAUUUUUGUCCGUCGUUUUAUUUGUUAUUAUUAGUUCCACGUGUAAUUUGUUUCACCCAAAACCAUUGUCGAAGCAACGAUAAUCUCUUUAUAGCAAUAUAAGCCAUCAUACAUAAGCAGGUGUCAUUAGUAACACAGUGAACCCAAUAAACAACAGUGCCAAGGUCACGGUACGAAGAAAUGUGAAUCUCUUGUAACAACAAAAAAGAAAUGGUAAUAAACAGCCGAUAAUUUUGAUUGCGAAUACUCUUACUAAAUGGUGGAAAUCAAUAUACGAAGGGAGUGCCUUGAAAUCGCGAAACAAUAAGUAAACCGCCUAUAUUUCCUGAAAUUGAAUCAAAAGGAAAAGCUUUGGAAAAAGUUUAAAAUCAUAUUACUUUUGUAUAUUAUAAUUCUUUGUAAUAAAUAAAUAUUAUUAAAUAAAUAAAAACAGAAAAAUAAGAAGAUAGUGAAGCGAAACGGAAAGAGAAAUAGUCCAUGCAGCUUUUUAUACACAGUUAUCAAAAUAUUUAAGACACACUAUUCAUUUCAAGCGGUGACAUACGAUUUGUUGGAGUGAAUGGAAAAUAGUGUAAGCAUUGGUGGAAAAAGCUAAUAUUAAAUGUUAUAAAAUUUAAUAAAAACAAUAAAACAUUAUGAAAACUACAA